AUGCUGAUCCCUGAAGUUUCGGGCCCUCGUCAGGGGUCAGGCAUGCACUACAAGUCACUCUUCCCUGACCUGCCAAAGGUCCCCGAAUCAAAUGUUCACCAUCUGCUCUUCAGUCGGCCUGACCAGAAGGAGUGGCCAGAUUACACUUUGUUCGUGAAUGUGGCUACUGGUCGGCGCUGUUCGUUCAGGGAGUUUGUAGAGCGUGUCCGCGAUGGCGCUACUGCACUUGGUGCUGAUGUGGCACACGGUGGUCUAGGUCUUCGUCCAGAGGAUGGGGAGUUUGUAGGCAUUCUGAGCGAGAACUGCCCAGACUAUAUCGCCCUAAUGCAUUCGCUACUAGUUAUCACAGUCCCCUUUGCACUGUUCUCAUCCUACUCAACAUCGUAUGAGCUUAAACACGCCAAUUCGCUGGCGCGGGCGACUAGAAUUUUUGCCAGUCCCUCGUUACUACCACUCGCUUUGACUGCGGGACUCCCAGCUGAUCGAAUUUACCUCCUAGAGGGGGACAAUAAAGGCCACACAAGCUACGAUCAGCUCGUCUCCUCUGUCCGCAAGAAUAAUAUCCCACGGGUUCCAGUCCGUCAUGCAACCAAGGACACUCUGGCCUACCUGAUCUAUUCCAGUGGAACAAGCGCCAUCAUGAUAUCCCACCAAAAUAUCACUUGUGCCACCCUAGGAGCAAUGGUAGGCGGUAUGGAAACGGCUAAAGUUCGAGCUCCACCAGUAUGGAACACCCCUAACGGGCUCGAGGUAACGUUCAAUAUCCUUCCGGUCUAUCACUCUCUUGGCCUCUGCACGACCGCUUUCUUCAACUUCCUCAAACCUUCCACGAUCGUCAUGCUGCCGAAGUGGAACAUCGAUUCAUUCUUCGACAGCGUCCCGAAAUACCACAUCACGACCAUAUUUCUCGUCCCCUCACUCAUACACCAGAUCGUCCACCAUCCGCGGUUCAAAACCACUGAUAUGAGCUCGGUUAAGGCAGUCGCCAGCGGCGCCGCGUAUCUCCCGUCCCAGCUUGCCGACCAGCUUUGCGCACAUUUCCAAGACGUAGACAGAGUCACCGAAGGCUAUGGCAUGUCCGAAUUCACAAUGACCAUCGCCAUGAAGCCUACCCCUGGCUUGCUCAACGGACGCGCCAAGAACAAGCCGGGCUCUGUUGGAAUUCUGGUCCCCGGCGUGGAAGCUUGCAUUGUCCGUCCCGAUGGAUCCCUUGCAGGUCCGAACGAGCCUGGUGAGCUCCUCGUCCGCGGAGGCGCUACGGCGCUGGGAUACAGGGGAAAUGACAAGGCGACACGGGAAACGUUUGUCGAUGGGUGGGUGCGCACGGGUGACCAGAUACGGAUCGAUGAGGAUGGGGUGCUUUUUUUCGAAGACCGCACCAAGGCAAGACCGCACCACCCACCUUAUGCUGACACGCUCAAAAUAUCAGGGAUGCAAGUUUCUCCCGCCGAAAUCGAGAACGCGAUCCGGGCGCAGCCGGACAAGCUCAUUACUGACGUGACCGUCGCGGGCGUUUCGGGCGGGCGUACCUCAGACGAACGUAUCCCGCGUGCAUGGAUCGUGUUAUCCCCGGCGGGCGUAGCGCUGGGUAAGAAAGAGGUCAUAGCACGGCUCCAUACAUGGGUGCAAGGGCGGCUGAGUCGGUAUAAGUGGUUGAGGGGGGGCAUCAAGAUUGUGGAGACGAUUCCGAAGACGCCCACUGGGAAGGUGUUGAGGCGGGUGUUGGUGGAGGAGCAUGAACAGGGGGUGAAGGCUCAGGCUCAGGCGAAACUGUGAAGACGAAUGCAACAGGAAACCUGUGACGACGCGUCAUGAAUACAUUUUUUUUUUCGUUUGGUGGAACGAUAUUGCUAGGUGGUAACUGAUAUGAAUGCAUGUAUAUCGUAUAUAUACCCUCACCCGAUGUAUUAUCAUGUGCGACUUGCUGUCUAGUAUCAUGUCAUCUACCAUAG